AUGGGAAUCAAGCCAUGCGUAGUUCGGGAUAAGCUGCUAGGAUCUGUGGGUAACACUCGAGGUGGGUUUCAUCACCAAGGUCAUGGUACCAACCCUAAUAACAGGGGUGGUCGUGGAGGCAGAGGGCCGUUUCGUGCCACUGAGGGUCGAUCGUGGGCUAAUGUGGCUUCAUCUUCAGUUCGGUCAGAGGUAAAGCUUAAAUACUACCCCCCUAAACUCGAUCAGGAUAAGAUAGUUGUUGAGCUGCCUCCCCCUUUGCCUAUGGUUAAAUGGGAAGCUUGUCUGGUGGGGUACUUCAUUGAUAAAAAUCUACCAUAUACCCUUAUCAAAAACAAUGCUAAUAAUAUGUGGAAGAAUAAGGGGUUGGUUGAUAUUCUGAAAAAUGAUGAUGGGUUUUUCAUCUUUAUGUUGGAAAAUCGGGAUUGCUGUAUUGACGUCUUGGAGGGAGGACCAUGGUAUGUGGGAGGCUUCCUUCUUGUUUUGAAACAGUGGCAUCGAAUGAUGAAAUUGUCUAAGGAAGACAAGAAAACCAUCCCUAUUUGGGUGAAAUUCCAUAAUAUUCCUCUUGAAUAUUGGGAUGGAGAUGGUUUAGGAAGAAUAGCUAGUGCAGUGGGUGUUCCAUUGUUUAUGGAUCAACUUACCUCCUCGGGAAGUAGGAUCUCUUUCGCUAGAGUUUGUGUGGAUAUUUCAGCUGCAUCUGAGUUCCCUGAUAGUUUCAUAAUUACAAGUGGUGAUGUAUCCAUGAAUAUCCAUGUGGAGUAUCAGGGUGUUCCAUCGAGGUGUAUGCACUGUCAUGUUUUUGGCCAUGAGACUAAGACCUGUCUCUCAGCGCAAGUUACACAUCUUAUUGAGUUACAGAAGAACUCCGAGGACAGGGCUGAAGUUGAUGAGGGAUGGACUACUGUGAAGGAUAAGGGUAAAAGAAAAGUGGGGGACCAAACCUGCCCUCUUCAAGAAGUUCCUACUGAAGUUGAUAGCUCGUCUGCAACUAAGGGGGGUGACCUAGUCCCUGAGCCUGAGGAGGCUGCUCCUCAACCAGAGAUUGAAGAAAAUGCUGCCAAUGUUAUGGGCCAGAUUGAUGCCUCUCACUCUGAGGCUAUGGAAACUGUUGAGACCACAACCCUAGCAGCUGAGGAAAACAUCAGAAACACUGAGGAUGUGGGGGGAGAGGAAAUGAGAGCUAAACCUCCUGAACUACAGGGGGGGAGGAAAGAUGGUGGGCCAAAGGUGGGUAGCUCAACCAAGCAGAAGUCUUCUGGCAGAUCCGGCAGCCAGAAGAAGAAAAGGAGCUUCUUUUCUACUUUUGUAUAUGCUGAAAAUAAGCAUGAGUUGAGGCUUCCCUUGUUUUUUGAUCUAAAGAAAAUUGCUCUCAAUUAUGCUAGUCACCCUUCUGUUUUUCUUGGUGACUUUAAUGCUGUUCGUUUUUCAUUUGAGAAAAUGGGGGGGAGGGGGAACUGGAGUCGUGCCAAUGAGGUGUUUAAUAGUAUGAUUUUGCAGUCUGAAUUGGAAGACUUGUGUUACAAGGGGUGUCAAUUUACUUGGUCUAAUAAGCAGGGUGGUGGUAACUUUAUUACCUCGAAAAUUGAUAGAGUCCUUGUCAAUGAGAGUUGGUUAACUGCUAACCCUAACUCGUAUGCUCUCUUCUUGCCCUCGGGAGUUUCUGAUCACUCCCCUGUGGUUGUGCAAACUGGGGGUGAGGAAGCGAAGCAUAAGAAGCCUUUCAAGUUUUUUGACUUCUGGGCUAACCACUGUGACUUCCUCCCCAGUGUGUAUGGUGUUUGGAGGAAAUACAUUAGGGGUUCUCCCAUGUUCAGGGUUUGCCAAAAGCUUAAAACGCUUAAACCCAUUCUUAAAGAGUUGAAUAAAAAGGAAUACAGUGAGAUUUCCACUCGGGUUGGUGUUGCCAAGGAUCAUCUCCUUAAUUCUCAAAUUAAGCUCGAUAAAGAUCCUUUAAAUUUAACUCUUCAAGAGACUGAGAGGGCUGCUUAUGUAAAAUACAUUGACCUUAGCAAAGCUGAGGAGAGUCUUGCCCACCAGAAAUCUCGUAUCCAAUGGUUAGGUUUAGGUGAUAGGAAUUCUAAGUUCUUCUUUAGAAAUGUGAAGGGUAAUGUGAACAAGGGGCGGAUUCACAGUGUUGUGCUCCCUAAUGGGGAUAGAGUGACUAAAAGUGCUGAGGUAGAGUGCCCUUCUUGCAAGUAG